AGACAGCUGCUGUAUCUUGAUCUUAUUGCCAAACCUUCAAACUAAGCCUAUGAUCCCACUUUUCAAAAUGAAGGACGUGAUACUGAUCCUGUGCCUCCUGAAACUGAGUUCUGCAGUGCCGGCAUUUCCUCAGCAACCUGGGAUACCAGGCAUGGCUAGUUUGAGCCUUGAGACAAUGAGACAGUUGGGAAGUCUGCAGGGAUUAAACAUGCUUUCUCAGUAUUCAAGAUUUGGCUUUGGGAAAUCAUUUAAUUCUUUGUGGAUGAAUGGUCUUCUCCCACCGCAUUCCUCCUUCCCAUGGAUGAGACCAAGGGAACAUGAAACUCAACAGUAUGAAUAUUCUUUGCCUGUGCAUCCCCCACCUCUCCCAUCGCAGCCAUCCCUGCAGCCUCAACAGCCAGGACAGAAACCUUUCCUCCAGCCCAACGUUGUCACCUCCAUCCAGAACGCAGUCCAGAAGGGCGUACCUCAGCCUCCGAUUUACCAGGGACAUCCGCCCUUGCAGCAAGCAGAGGGGCCAAUGGUUGAACAGCAGGUGGCGCCAUCAGAAAAGCCACCAGCGACCGAGCUACCAGAAAUGGAUUUUGCUGAUCCACAAGAUCCACCGAUAUUUCCAAUAGCCCAUUUGAUAUCUCGGGGACCAAUGCCACAAAAUAAACCAUCUCCACUUUACCCAGGAAUAUUUUACGUGACCUAUGGAGCAAAUCAACUGAACGCUCCUGCCAGACUUGGCAUCAUGAGCUCAGAAGAAAUGGGGGGAGGAAGAGGAGGCCCCGUGGCCUAUGGAGCCAUAUUCCCAGGAUUUGGAGGCAUGAGGCCCAGCCUUGGAGGGAUGCCCCAGAACCCAGACAUGGGUGGGGACUUUACUCUGGAGUUUGACUCCCCAGUCGCUGCAACCAAAGGCCCGGAGAAGGGAGAAGGAGGUGCACAAGACUCCCCUGUGCCGGAGGCCCACCUAGCCGAUCCAGAAAGCCCAGCUCUCCUUUCAGAGCUAGCACCUGGUACCCUCGGAGGGCUUCUUGCUAAUCCUGAGGGCAAUAUUCCCAGCCUGGCAAGGGGCCCUGCAGGGCGCGGAAGGGGAUUCCUUAGGGCAGUCACCCCAGCAGCUGCCGACCCACUGAUGACCCCUGGAUUAGCUGAGGUUUAUGAGACCUACGGUGCUGACGAGACCACAACUCUGGGUCUCCAGGAAGAAACGACCAUGGACUCCACAGCAACCCCUGACACUCAGCACACAUUGAUGCCAAGAAACAAGGCCCAGCAGCCCCAAAUCAAGCAUGAUGCGUGGCAUUUCCAAGAGCCCUGAGAGUCUGGAGAUAUCGGCUACUUUCUGUAUGCACAAGCUCCCCAGCUUUGUCCCCAUAGCAUAUCUGUUUGCGAAAACACUUAUUACCCUUCUGCAGCAAAGGCAUUAAAAGUGCUAAACACAUAUUAAUAAAUACAAGUGGCUAGAAAUAGUGUAGGUCCCCUUCUUGCUUUCAUUCUCUUAUUGAAAUAAAAUGUGCCGCCUGUCUCUGUGAUUUAGAAAUACUAUUAAUAACAUCAGAGCAAGUCAAAGGGUCUCCGCAUUUGAAAAUCACUGUUUCUUAGCUAUCUUGGCAUUACAGAAUUUCUCCUGCUAGCAUGACACUGUUAUAUCCAGGAAAUGUGACACUACUUUGGAAGUUUUUCUUUAAGCAAAGGCACAUAUUCUUAGAAUUAUAAGUUAUUUCAU